CCGGCCGCCGUGGCAUCCGGUGCAGGAAGGGAGCUUCUGGUCGGUGUCCAACUGGCGUCCCCGAAGGCAGGUGUCCACGUAGUAAUCUCUUUAGCCGGCUUGUCUGGGGGUUCCUAAAAUCCUGCAAUGACAGGUUUCACAUUAGCGAUGGCUUUGGGGCUCCUCGUGCACUCGUGGCCACCGUCGGCGUCCCUCAAGCCCCUUCUCCGCACGCACAGAGUCCUAGUGUCCAAUGCCACAAUCAUGGUGUCGAACAAGAUCCAGACCCUCACUGGGUCCGAGGGGGCGUUUCCCCACUACAGGAGUUCGGAGCUCUGCAGUCAGAAGCGGUGGUGCCAUCUCUGGUGUUAUGGGGAGUCCUCCGCCCAGCUGUUCCUUUCCGACAUGAUUGUGACGCCAGGGUACGUCGAGGCGCUCACGGAGGACGCUCUCACCUGCUACACCUUUCGAAACAGAGAUAUCGCGACCGGGGCGUCUGUCGUGGGCGUGCCGGACAUCGGAGAUGGGAGGGUGGUCGAGAACCUGGUGGAUGGCAUUCACCCGCAAAGGAACGUCACCGAUUGCUUUUUCAUGCGAAGGAUGGACUACCCCUGGUUCUUGAUAGACCUCGGUGCUCUCAGAGCCUUCACCGUCGUCAGGCUCAUCGUCCAGCCGUCGGGGAGCAAAGGCGUGCUCGCCAAGAUGGACAAGAUCGAGCUCAGGACAGGGACGGAACCUGUGGUCGCGCUUGGGGACUUCACCUCCUACAGGUUCUUCGGGAAGUUCGGAGGAGUUCCCGUGUCCUUCCGCCAAGAGAUCGACAUCAAGGCUCUCAGGCCAGUGACGGCGCGGUUCAUCUCGGUGCAGAAGAGGGCGGUGGCCGAGAGGUUCCAGGUCUGCCACGUCGAAGUGUUUUGAGGCGACGCGGACAGAACGAGGAGGCUGGACAAAGGGGGAUGAGGCUGAAGGGGAAGAAGGAGGCAAGGCGAAGAACGAUGAAGUAGAAUAAUGGAGGGAAAUGUAAAAA